AUGUCAUUAUUAAGAAACGAUGAACUGAAUAAAAAUAAACAUUCGAAUACUCGUUAUCCUCGUCGACGUUAUGUUCUUGAAAUUCCUAAUUAUUCAAAACGAAUGCAAACAUCAAAUUAUUCAAAAAAUGAAGAAAAAUUUCUUUCACAUCGGGCAAUAAAUCAAUUAACAUGUGGCAAUAAUAACGAACAAAUUUUGGAAAUUGAUUUAAAUAACGAUUUAUAUUUAAAUCGUAAAUAUAAUAAAAAAAAAUUAUUAAAUACUGAAUAUGAAAAUAUUGAUGAUCCAUGGGUGAAACAAUUACUUGAAAAGGACCUCGAUUUCUCUAGUUUAUAUCAACAAGAAUCACCGAUUCAAAUAUUAAAUAUUAGUGAUUUUCAAAUAACGAAUUCAAAUUCAACGUCACAGAAAUUUUCUCAUCAUAGAAACACUACUUUCGAUCCAUACCAAUCUCCUUCUAUUAUUAAAGAUAGGAAUAAAAUAAUAAGUUCAAAUUCAGCUCAAUUAAAUGGUUCAACUCGAAAAUGGAUUCUUCAGCCAUCGACUUAUUCACCAAUAAACUCGAAUAAUUCUUCUUUCAACAAAAAAAUUCCUUUACCAUACAAAGGAAAAUUCAAUUCAAGACAAUUUGGUCCCCUAAAAACUAACACUAAUGAAGAAAAGAGUCUAUUACGACACGAAAACAAUUCAGUUCAUGUGAAACAUCAAAGAAAUAACAAUGAACCUACAAAAGAAAAUAUUAAUGAUGGAAAAAAUGAAACGAAUAAUAUUUGGAAUUUAUUUUCGUCUAGAGAAAAACGAAAUAUAUUUAUUUAUAUAUUUGGAAUAAUGCUGUAUAAAUUUGGAAUCGAAGCAUUUAAUGGAUCAAUAGUGAGCUUAGCAGCAAAUCGUUAUGAUCGAGAUGCAUUUAAUAGUGGAACCAUAGCAAAAACAUUUGAAAAAGUUGGUUUAUUAGUUGGUCUUAAUCAGGCGUGUCAGUGUAUUGGAUCUAUUUUAAUUGCUCCAUUAAUAAAACGUUGGCCAACACGAACUAUUUUAUCGAUAUCAAUAUUCAUUUUUGCAUUAUUUACUGCAUUACUGAUGAUUAUUGAUGCAGCAACUGGAGGAAAAAUAAGACCAUCAAAUUUUCAAGCAAUGCAUGAAAAUGAUUUUAGCUAUUAUGGAACUUAUUCAACAAAUAUAAUUAUUCCAAUUUAUUGUAUAACAGGUAUUGCUUAUGGAAUGGUUGAGUUAAUUCGAAGAAUAAUUCCUCGUGAUAUUGUUGGAAGUAAUGAAGAAAAACUACAAAGAAUGGAUGCCUUAGUUCAUGUUUUUUAUGAAAUAGCUGGAGUUUCUGGAGCAUUAAUAACUGGCCUUGUUUUAAUUCCACGUCUUGGAAACAAUUAUUCAUUCUUAAUAACACCAAUUCUAUUUACUUUGUCAGCUAUAAUUUGGAUGUUUAUUAAUUCACUCGGAACGAAAACAAUUAUUGAAGAUGAACAAUUUUCAGUAGGAAAUCAAAAUCAUAAAACAAAUUAUUUAAAAGCCCUUAUUGAAGGUUUUGCUCUAUUUGGUCAAUCGAUUUAUCUUGGAGGAAAAAUAAUACUUACAAAUCGAAAAUAUUUUUGGUUACUUCCAUGUUAUUCAUUAACACUUUAUAUUCAUCGUUAUAUUGAAAAUGGAAUUGCUCCACAAAUAGCUAAAAGAUAUCUUCAAAAUUCUGAAUGGUCACAAAUUAUUGUUGGAGGCUCAAAUUUUGGAGAAUUACUUGGUGCUCUUUGCGUAUUUUUUUUAACGAAAAAAAUUCGAAGUCCAAUUGUUUGGUUAAGAUUAGAUUCAAUUUUAUUAUUUAUUCUUUGGUAUUUACCAUUCUAUAAUCCAUCAACAAUUAGUGUUAAAAAUGCUUGGAUAAUAGCAUUAUCAUUUAUUCCAUUAGGAUUUGGUUCAGCUGGUGAUGAUAUUUCGUUAAAUGCAUAUAUACAAUCAUCGUUAAGUAAACCACAAUUGAAAAAUAAAGAUGUUUCAUCACUGGGCGCUGUUAUGGCUUUUCUCUAUUCAUCUUAUAUUACACUCUAUGCUAUUUUAAAUCCAUUACUUGGAAAAUAUAUUGAUUCAGUUUACAAUUCAAAACAAACAAUAAGACCAGCUUUUAUUUUUACUGUUGGUGUACAAAUAACAAUUGUUUCAAUUUUGGUUAGUCUAUCAACAUUUAUUCCAAAAGGUUCUUGUAAAUUAAAUCCGUCUCUAGAAUAA